CAGCGUUUCCUCGACGCUCAUUGCUCGUCGACUCGUCGAGCCAUCUACACCGGGUGUACCGGAGCAGCAAGAGGAUUUCAAGUUCGUCCAUCGGGAGCCGACCCAGGAAGAGGAACAGAAUCGCGGCAAGGAGGUGGGAGAGAGAAACGAGACGACACACCGACGUUCCCGGGCUCGACCGAUCGCUUUUGUGCUACGUGGACCUGGUCGGAAGUAGAAGAUCGCGCAGGACGAAGAGGAGAUGGAGAAAGAACAGCCAGACUCUUUGGCGACGGUCGCCGUCGUCUCGGACAAGAUACCGCAGACCCACAGCCACUACGCACCCAGUGAGGUCUAUUCUUCCACUGAGCCGCCACCGGCGUAUAUGAGGCCUCCGAUGAAGAGUACGGCGGUUCAAAUCGCGAGGAUCGCCGCCAUCACUUUGAUCACAAUGUCCGUGGUCUUAGGCAGCUUUAUCCUGGCGGCGUCCUGGGUCCAGGCUAGAGCUUCUUGUACGCCGGAAGCGAUUGCGGCGAUGCAGCGUGAGCUGAAGCAGCAACAGCAACAACAGAUUUCUGGGACUUUUCAGUCGCAGGGUGAAUUCCUGAAUCAUCUGCAGCCGGAAGCUCUCGUGCAGGAAUCUGUCGAAUCGAAGGAUUCUCUUCAAAGCCUUGCUACGCCGAUGAAGAAGGAGGCCGAUUCGGAUACCAAGGAUAUGAAAGUCCAAGGAGAAGGGGAGAACAGCUCGAAAUCUGACAGCGAGAGCGGCGACCGCGACGAUGAUGAUGACGAUUACGAUGAUGAUGAGUUCCCUCCCGUGCACAUUAAGCUCCCUCUUCAAUUGGAUCUCGACGAUAUCGCUGGUACGCUAAUUCAGCAAGCUCGCAGCAGAGUUUCCUGCGUGGUUGAACGACGACGGGCUGACGAGGUGAUGGACGGAACCGGUGACAACGGUCUGGAUAACAGUACUGAUCCGCAGCGUUUCCAGAGACUGAGCGGCGAGCGAGUUGCCAUCCUUUGUGAGUCGGGCAGUCCAAACCAGGAGCAACAGGAACAGGAAAUGCUCACUCCGAUCAUCGUGCCUCUUGGUACUGUACAAAUUCCUUUACAGUCUCAAGAACCCAAUCCAGGUUACCAUCAAUAUCAGAUACACACUCAGUAUCAAGUUCCUGAUAUGCAGCAACUGCCGCUCAGCGACCCACGAGGAUUAAAUCACAUACCGCCCGGUUUACUUCCUCCUGAGCUCCGUAACCUGCCUCAGUUAACUAUGGAGAUGAGACCGCCUCGAAUGGGCCCGCAAACACCCAUGAUGGGACCUCAAAAUAAUCCGAUGGGACCUCAAGUCGAGGUGCGUCAGAUCCCUAUUGAACUACGUCACUUCCCAAUGGAUUCUAUGAGGAAUAUGCGGCCGAUGGCUCAGGAGCCUCGUCAGGAGCCGCAGCCGCAGAUCUCUGUUAUGUAUCACCAAGCCGAGCAAGUUCCCAAUGCCUAUAACCAAGAGCAACAAGGACCUGCCAUGAUGCCACCACCACCUCCUCCUCCGCAACCCGAGGCGCAGGUCCAAGAUCAGAGAAUACAUCAACCCGUGAUGAUCCCGCAGACCGAACAAAGACCGCCGGUCGCAUCUCAGGUCACGCCCGAGAAGCCGCGCUCUCCAUUCCAAGGUAUCCCUAUUGAAAUCAGAAGAAUCAUUCAGCAAGUACCGCUGGAGAUCAAGAAUAUUAUUCAGCAUAUCACUGGCGAAGCCAGACCAUUCCCGGUACAAGUACCGGAAGGGGCACGUCGUGAGGAACUCAAGCCGUUCCCAGGCGCGCGACCGAUACCGUUAGGACCAUUCCCACUUCCGGUGGAAGUGAGAAAUUUGAUCGAGCAUGGUAACAUCGAAGGCCGCCAACGGUCAGAUGGUAGUGACGAACAACAGGAAGCGAAACCCUUCCCAAGUUCAGAGGAUGAAGGCGAUGAUGUCGACAGGAACUUCCCAGUGCCCAUGGAAAUUCGUGAUAUAAUCCAUCAGGUUGUGGAGGGUCGUGCUUUUCCAGUUCCAAGAUUUGCGCUGAGACCAGUCGAGUCUUUAGAGGUACCAGUAGAAGCGCGUGCUGAAGUUACUGAUGGCCAGUCCAUGGAGCAACAAUCCGAGCAACAGCAACAAGCCGACCAGCACCAGCCAACACAUAUGAUGAUUCAGCAACAGCAGCAGCAACAACAACAACAGCAGCAUCAAUCCAUGCAGGAAGCCCGUCCUCACUUUGUACAACCACGUUCUGUACGCUCCGCACCUGACGAGGUCUUCCUUCAUCGUCGCGAGAAACGCGUACGUCGUUGCGCCUGCGAUUGUGCGUGCUAAAUGAUGCAGCCAACAACGGCAUUCGCGUCGGACGGACCGAAUCAUUGAGUCCGCCCGGGAUCUUAAAAUUAAGAAGAAGUGGACCUUAAAAGCGCGUUACUAACGCACACUACGAUCAGAUAUUUAAAAUUGUUGCAGUCUUGGCGAUAAGAAAUAGUUGCAUAUAUUCUUGUCAAUGUUGCAACCGGCUGCAAGCGGCAAUCGCACCGAAUUCUCACGAACAGAAAUAGAUUAUUAUAGCAGGCUACGACGUUCAAGUAAUUUCCCUUCAGGUUUUCCUAAAUUCUGAAAUUUGGUGAAAAUCCAAGAAUUCGUCACUUCUACUCGUCGAACUGUGUUCGUCGCGAAAGAGGAAAAACGAUAGAGUUGCACAAAGUUGAUAGUAUUUUUAUGUUCCACACGACUUACCGAGGUAAGUGCGCCCGCUAAUUAAAGCGUACAGUCGACGAUUAUAAUGGAAUUUGCUCGUCGAAAAAUAAUGUCUCAUUUGAUCAAUAAUUAUUGACUUUGGAAUAAUUGAUUUUACAAUAUUUUUAACCUCAGCCAUCAGUACUGAUUAAGUAAAUUAUUUAGUAAACUGUGUAAAGUAUAACACAUUUUACAUACAUUUUACCGACACAAGCUACUAUAUAUCAAUAUAUAUAUCAAUGAGAUUAGAGUAAUAUUUUCUAAACGAUUUGUCGAUUGUAUUCUUUCGUAGACGGAAAGAGUGGAAAGUGUAGCUUAGAAAUCUGUGAUUCCCUUCUAUACUGGAAACGUGCUUCAAGAAAUGUAGUAAACAUGGUUUAAUAUUUUAAAAGGUAAAUAACUAUUAUUAUUAGGCGUUUGUGUACAAUAAUCAACUCCUUAUAUCCUUUUAAUAAUUAUGCAUUUUUGUUUACUUAUCUCUUAUGACCCUCCGUCCCCUUCGUAAUGAUAGAAAAAGGAUCGUAUAAGCUAAUUCAAAAGCUUCUCGAAAACACAGUAUAUUUUUAUUUUAGUUCAAAUGAUUAUUUACGGAUACACUUCUGUACAUUGUUUGCGCUUUGGAAAUUAAUUUAAGCUUCGAUUAUUUUAUUGAUUUAUGUUCUUUAUGUAUUCUACAUGUUUUCCUUUUUUUCAUGACAAAUAAUAAAGUGAUACGAUAUUGGUUAGACUCAA